CGAAGGCAAAACAGGCUGGGUACGUAUGCAAUUCGAAUGCCGAACAACCAAGAUGGAGUGAUCGAUGGAGAUUUCCUUGUUUCCAUUGCUGUGUCGUAUUAACUAGAAUAAYUUGUAUCUCAUCUCGAACCUGCUAUUUUAGAACCACAACCCGCCAAAGAAUCCUGAUUUCUGGAACACCGCAGAGCAAGUGGAAGCGAUUUCAAAGUCAAUAAAAGAAUCGGAAUCGAAGCCAAAGUUCCGAACAGGUUGGUUGCACAACAACGAAUCCCCAACGAAGAACGGAUUGGGAUCGAAGAAAAAGAAAGCACCUGAAAAAAAGAGCAACGCAGCUGGAAAAGCAAGGCGGCGAUUGGAAGAAGCCAUGAAGGCACAACGAGAAAACCACCGAAUCGUGUCCCCCGGUGCACUGCAUGCAUGUGGGAAGGAUCGUCAAAUUGUCGUCACGGAGCACCGUAUGUCGGUCCCUAUAGUUCAUCCAGAAAAAGAUAAUGAAAAAACAGACGAUCCGGCUUUUAGGAUGGCAAUGCCGAAGGCAGCGACCGAUUUCAUUGACGUCGCUUUCACAGUUGUGGAAGAAGUCAAGGACGACCAAACACGAUUAUGGUAUGAAAAUGUCUUUCCGACAUUGACGCCAAAGCAAAGAGCUGCUGCCUAUGUGAAACGAUGUGCAAUGGAUUCCGCCAAAGACAUGCUCCUUUAUCUACAGGGAGGCCCAGGUUUCGGAGCACCGUCGCCGGUUACGGCCCUGAGUUUUGCRAAGGGUGGGGGCUCUUGGGGCUCUGCGGCCCUUGAUCGAUAUUCUAAGGUGGUUUUGCUAGAUCAACGGGGUACAGGAAAGUCAUCCCCAUUGACAAAACAAAGCUUAGAACGGCGCUUCCCCAAUUUGUUCGCUAUGGAUGAGAAAACUGAGGUUGGUGCUACAGACUUUGUUUGUCAAACCGAGACCAUGRAUCGACUUGAAAAUUCUGAUCCUGAAGCGUUCAAGAUGUUUAAGAGCGGAUUGGAAGAAGCUAUUGCGUUCAUCACGCAAUUCCGUGCAGACAAUAUCGUGCGGGACGCUGAAUUGGUCAAGGAUGUGCUUAUGUACACGCCAUCCGUAGACGACGAGGAAGAAGAUGUCGGCGAUGAGGCGAUUGGCGAUGAGAGUUCUGCAUCGCGCCCAAAUCCAUGGGGAUGUAGUCUUGGUCAAUCGUUUGGUGGCUUUUGUACCAUGACAUAUCUUUCUCAGAUUCAAUAUCCACCGAAAAUUGCUCUUCUUACCGGAGGAAUUGCUCCCAUGUUGGCAGACAGUGCCACCGAUGUUUACACCUCCCUUUGGAAAAAAGUUAAAGAACGAAACCUUUUGUACUACGAUAUGUACCCCGGGGACGUCGAUGUGGUAAAAACAAUUGUUCGGAAAUUACUACAACUAGAAAAGGAAGGAUCAACUCCGCGAUUGCCAUCGGGAGGAAAACUGACUGCACGCCGCUUUCUACAACUGGGAAUGAUGCUUGGGGGCACCCCCUCGAGCUUCGCUUCCAUGCACAACCUUCUAUCUUCGGCCUUCUUACAUCCAAUCGCGGGAAAAGACGACAGCAUUGAAUUUUCUCGUGGGUUUUUGAAAGCAGUGGACAACGAGCAACCUUUCGAUGAAUACCCCAUUUAUUUUUGGCUUCAUGAAAGUAUUUAUGCCGACAGAAACAACAUGAGUCGCCUCGCCAAAGAACAAGUUGAGGAUGAUACUGUUGAUUGUGCCACAAAUUGGAGUGCCGAUCGUGCUUACCAAACUAAGCUAAAUGAUAGAUCAUCCGGAGCCGAGUACGAUUACGCUGUGACAAGCAAUGAGGACAGCGAUCUUCCCGUUUUGUUCUUUGGAGAAAUGGUCUUCCCUUGGAUGACAGAAGAUUACAGCGAGUGCGGAGGUCUGGGAUGUACCGCACUAGCCCAUGCUUUGGCUACGAAGAAAGACUGGGGACCUUUGUACAACGCAUCGCAAAUGAGGGCUGUUCUGAAGGAUGGCAGAACACGCUCUGCCGCAGCUGUUUAUUACGAUGAUAUGUACGUAGAUUUCGAUUGUAGUAUGAAGGUAGCAGCUCGUGGCGGACCUCUCGAGAAAUGCAAGGUGURCAUUACCAAUGAUUACCAGCACUCCGGCAUCCGUGAUGACGGUGAAACUAUUUUCAAUAAACUGCAUGGAAUGGCUACUGGAAGCAUUCGAACUCCAAGCUAGCGAGUAGGUUAUACAUAUGAAACAUAA